AAGCUUCUCCCACUAAGUUGUACCUAAAGGCCAAAAUCCUCGUCCUCUCUCUCCCUCUCUCUAUCUUUCUGUCACUCUUCUAUUUGCAAACACAACCUUGACCCUAGGGUUUCCUUUACAUCUUCUGUCGCUCGAUUCAGGCUUUUUAUGAUGAUCAUCUCAUCAUGAUGGGAUCAAUGGUAUGAGGUAUAGUAUGCAGGAUUGAAAAAGGUUAUGCUAAACCCACGUUGAUAUACAUCUAUCCACAGUAUGGAAGAUGAUAAUGGUCUUGAGCUGAGUUUGGGUUUAUCCUUUGGUGGAUCAGCUGUUAAAUCCAAAGGUAAAAGUGGUGGCUCUUUGGAUGCUAAAACAGAAGAAGAUGAUAGAGGCAACAAAAUAGAUGAUUUUAAAAAUUUCCUGAAUGGCGGCAACCAGAAACUGGACUCUGGUACUGGAUCUCAGAGAAGUGAUUCUGUGAAACCUCAAGAAAAUUUCUUUAAUGAUCUUUGCAAGGCCAGUGCUGAUGCCGAUCCUUCUAUGAACUUGAACGGCAGAGGGCUCUGGGUUACAAACAGCAGACCUGAAAUUGAGGAAGCAAAACGACCAGAGGCAAGUAACAAACGGAAAAUGUUGUUUGAUGACAUGAACAAUCAAAAAAAGCAUGAGAGAGAAGCUCACCCUGCUGAUUUACAUGACAAAACAAAAACAUCCUAUAUUUCCAUAACAACUGAGGAAGGCUCGACUGCUGAAAAUGAAGAUGUGGCCGAGUCUGAAGUUGAGGGCUCAACAUCAAGGCUGGUUUCUCACCAUGAUGAUGGUUCCAAACAAUACAGUGGAGUUGCCGGUGCUUCUGAGGUUUCGAAGGACGUCCGUGGGUUUUCUAAUUCAAACAUUGUGAAUCUACAAGGACAAAAGAGGUUUAACAGUUCAUCAGAAAAUGAAUUUAAGCUUGGAAACAUGACCUACGGCGCUCCAUUCUCAGUCCAAUCACUAAACAUCAUGAAUAUUCCAUACACAAUAUCUAUGAAAGAUUCUAACUCUUCUGGUGUACCUGGCUCAUCUGGCCAUCCACUACCUGGCAUGAUACAGAAGAUGCCUACUACAAAUAAUGAUCGUCAAGGAGCCCAGUCUGUGAAUCCUGGAAACUUCCCAGUUAUGUUUGGGUACUCACCUGUCCAACUGCCAAUGUUUGAUAAAGAUAACUCCUGGGGGUCGGUUUCUCAAUCUCAGCAGCUUCACCCUUCCUAUGCUGGCAGAGGUCCGCCUAACUCAGAUAAGCAGAACGAUGGAUUAAAGAUAUCUCAAGCUGCCAUGCAAUUUGAUGGGAGGACUAUAGAAUGGGCCAAAGGUGAAGGGAAACAGCAUGGCACAGAAGAAGGUUCAUCUACUCAGGCAGAAGAAGAUGGUAAAGUAAGUGGCGUGAACAAUAGGGCAAAAGAUGCAUCCGACCGUUCAACAUUAGAUGGUUUCACUCUUGAUUUAUCAGCUAUAAAGCCAGGUAUUGAAGCAGAGCUGAAAUUUGGGGGAUGUGGUUCUUACCCAAAUUUACCAUGGGUAUCAACCAAGGGUUCUGGCCCAAAUGGUAGGACAAUUUCUGGUGUUACUUAUAGGUACAGUGCAAACCAAAUCAGGAUUGUUUGUGCUUGUCAUGGUUGCCACAUGUCCCCUGAGGAGUUUGUUCGGCAUGCCAAUGACGAGAAUAGUAAUCCAGAGGGUGGUUCUGGAUUGUUGACAUUUUCAAGUUCAAAUCCUGCUGCCUCCGCUCAGAGCUGAAAUGUACUUUGUUGAGACUGAUAUUAAUUAGAGGAAUACUAGCCUUACAAAGAUGCAUACAAAGAGGGGCAUACAAAGAUAAAUCAUACUCUUGAAAGAAGGGAAAAAGCGCCAGAGAGAGACAAUCAUGAAGAUUAAGGGUAGGAUUUGUCUUUGUAUGCCCCUUUUUGUAUGCAUCUUUGUAAGACUAGCAUUUCUCUAUUAAUUAACAUGUGAACAAAGAAUAUUGGCUAUAGCUUUGUAACUAAUGAGAUUCUUCCUUCCUUUUCUUGCUACGCCUGUUUAUGGGUCUUAUCACUUAUCCAAACCAGAAGAGCCAAUACCGCGGGUUUAUGUAAUAAUCUUUAUCACUAUUUCUUUGUGUAAUAGUAAUGUCAAGCAUUUCAGUUCUA